AUGGCUUCGAAUUGGACGAAUAACACCGAAUUGGAAUGUAUGAACGAUAAUGAUUCAAGUCAAUUGUUUGCUCCAGUGAAAUUACGAUUUUCGCCACGUAUCACCCUGUUGAUAUGGGCCAUUUAUUCUGUGCCGUUCUGUUUCGGCGUCUUCGGAAAUAUUAGUGUGUGUUUGAUAUUCUUUCAACAAAAGAAACUGCGCUCAAUUACCAAUACAUUCUUGAUGAAUCUUUGUAUAAAUGAUUUAAUUGUUCUUUGUGUAUCAAUUCCAAUGACAUUAUCAUCUGCCGUAUUUGAACAUUGGAUAUCUGGUGGAUUUCUUUGUAAAUUCGUUCAUUCGACUCCAACAUUAACAGCGCUGAUAUCGACAUUUACCGUCGCUGUCAUCGCUGUCGAACGUUGGUUAUUCAUUGUUAAUAAGAGGAAGUUCGAUCGGCGCUGUACCAUUAUCAUACUGAUUCUGCUAUGGACGGUAUCGAUUUUAAUUGCUUUGCCAGACUUUAUCUCUCGUAGUAUAGACAUUGUUCUAAUGCCGGCAUCACAGUAUCCUACCAUAUCAACGAAUUCAUCAGAAACGCACACCCAUAAACCAUCAUGCCGUUCGAUGAUAGUUUACUUUUGCGUAUUGAUGCCUAAUUUAGGUACGCGCAUAUUUUCCUACUUAGUUAUCACUGUCCAAUACUUGGUUCCCUUCUUGUUCGUCUCGAUUAGUUGUUAUUCAAUUAGUCGGUUUCUAAAACGACGAAUGAAACAGAUGCGUGUGUAUCAGACAUAUCGUCCGACGAGUAGCGUGAGUAAAACGACGAUCCCCUCGGGAAGUAUCCGACGAAAAAAAUAUUCUCAAAAGGAACAAACCGAUGAACCGACCGAACACGAGUCAUUUAGUUGCGAUGAAUUACCUGUGACAAUUGUGACCACUAGCCAUAAAUCGACCCAUCUAUUAUCACGCUUUCGCAACAAGUCACAAACUCGUGAUAGCUAUCAAGAUUCGGUUGUUGUAGACGAUCAAACUUCUCGUUCGUCAUCGAAUGCUGGCACCAUACUCAUGCCAACAGUCAAAAGUCAAUCACAUAGUGAACGACGCUUUCAUCGAAGCAAGAAAUUGCUCAUUUGUGUAGCUGUUGUUUUUACCAUCUCAUGGUUACCAUUAACCAUCGUACAAAUCUAUGUAGAUCAAUUAGGCGGUGGUAAAAGCGAAGAUUUGGUCACUAUCUACUCUUAUCUCAUUUGUGCCUAUUUAAUAUCAUCAUUACCGGCUUGGAUCAACCCUGUUAUUUAUAAUUAUGUCAAUCGUAGUUUCCGUCGAGAAUUCUAUGCGCUUUAUCCUUGUUGUUGCCGAGUCACAUCGUCAUCGCCGCCAUCAUUACCGUCAACAGUAGCAACAUCAUUUGCCAAAACCGCACCAGCAGUUUGCUCUCGGGUCGAAUUAUCCGCUGUUCUAUCGAAUAAACUCGAACGACAGCAAUUGAAUGAUAUUGAUGAAGAGACUAGUGUUGUAGAGCCGUAUCAAACGAAUAGAUCAAGCACACGUCUAGUGACUUUUGCCGAUGUUGAGAAAAAAGGCAAAUCAUCUCUAACGAUCGUUAACGAACAUACUUGA